GAGGAAUCACAAAUUUUAAAAAAUUAGAAAAUAUCAAUAUUGAAAGGCGAAAAUGUGUGAAAUUAAAAAUGCAUAAGAAAAAGCUUCUUCAUUUAUUAUGGAUCGGGAUAUCAAAAAAUCUGAAGGCUUUACCAGGCUGGUAUUGCCUUGAUUCUUUCGAAAGUGAUGCAG